AUGCAAGGUACUAAAUUUUCAAAUUUAAAUUCAGUUGAAGAAGCCAAUGAAUUAUCUUCUACAUUAAAUAUUCAAAAAUUUCAUCCUCUUCAAGAUUUUUUAAUAGAAUCAGAGCUGAAAAAUGCUAAUCUCUCUAAAGAUGAUGCUAUAAAAUAUGCUACAAUUUUAAUAAGCUCUAGCCUUAGUAGCCAGCAGCUAGCUGGGGCUUUAAUAUUACGCCGUCUUAUGUAUAAAGCAGAAAUUCCUUAUCAAAAAGUUAUUCAAUCUAAUGUCCUUCCUUCUCUCAUUCAAUUAAUCUCAUACUCUGAUGAGCAGUUUAUAUAUGAAGUUUCAUAUAUCAUAUUAAAUAUCGCAGGAGGGGAUAAAUCCUGCAAUGACUAUUUACUUUCGCAAAAUUCGUUGGAUUUAUUAAAUUAUUUGUUAGAGAAAUAUAACUCAAUACCAAUCUUCGAGCAUAUAAUGUGAACGAUUGGAAAUAUUGCUAUUACUGGUUCUUUUUAUCAAAAUUUAUUACUUCAGAAAUUAAAUCUCACAGCUAUUAGUAAUUUUCUCAAUAUACAUGAAAAUGAGUUUUUAAGUGAAAAUUUCCGAACAAUUGCAUGAUCAUUAGCUCUUUAG